AUGGCUUCCCAUCACCCUGGUUCAAAAAGACGACAUAUAGAGACUGUUGAAAAUACUACGCCCACUCGAUCCGAUUAUUGGCCACGUUUCUUGGUUAUAGAAGCUUUAGACAAAGAACCAAUCAAACUGAAUCCAUUUGCUAUCUCCAAAGGUAUCAUUGGUAUCUGCGGAGAGGUUACAAAUGUCACAAAGCUUCGUUCUGGCUCUCUCCUUGUAGAAUGUGCACGGAGACAACAAUCUAUCAAUCUUCUCGAUUUAAAUGAGUUUGUCAAUAUCAAAGUUGUUGUCUCAGUGCACAAAACACUGAACUCGUGUAAGGGCAUUGUCCGUGACAGAGCUCGCUGCCUGUCCGACAUGUCCGAAGACGAUAUAGCCAAGGAACUUGACCAACAGUCCGUCACAGCUGUCAAACGAUUCACUGUAAAGAGGGAUGGUGUGGUCCAACUGACCAACACCUACCUCUUCACUUUCGCCCGAACUACUAUCCCUGAAUCUAUCAAAGCUGGUUAUUGUAACAUCGGAGUGGAGGUGUAUAUCCCAAAUCCACUCCGGUGCUACACCUGCCAAGCGUUUGGACAUGGAUCCAAGUCCUGCCAUGCCUCCGCUGUUUGUUACCGCUGCGGAGACAAACACGAGGCCACUGACUGCAGGAAGGAUGUGAAGUGUGCAAACUGCGCUGUGACACCCUCGUCUGUGACUCCUCCCAAAAACAAAACUGUAAAAAAUGUUGAGUCUCAGACUCCUAAACCAACACAUGAACCCGAAACAGAACCAGAACCAGAAAUUACCAAACUUACAAACAGGGAAAAGAAAUUAUUGAAAAAGAAGCAGCAAAAACAGCUGCAAACACCAAAGGCCACCUCUCCUUCAGAGGUCCCAGUAGAGGUCCAUAACUCCUUUGGUCCUCUGGACAUGGAGGUAACUCCAUCUCCACAUGAUACCGAUAGGAGUACUACAAAGUCUUCCUCACGUUCGCGUGACAUUUCUCCUGUGGAAGCCCCAUCAUGA